GAUUUGGCCGUCUGGUUCUUUCACACUUUUCGAUAAAAAGCCGGUGGAUCUCAAGAAUGUCAUUUUAGUUAAAGUUGGAUCGUGAGACGCUUCAUUUCAAUUUGUCGGGACAUUUUUUUAAAAUAAAAUAUCGAGUGAAAAUGAUCAUUUACUUGUACACAGCGGUUUUUGUAUUACUUCUAACGGAGUGUAAUGCUGGCAUGUUUCAAUUGUGUGGUCAAAAUUCGAUUAACGGAAGAUCCGAAAAAAGACGAUCGUUCAAAGAAUACAAUGUCGAUGACUUAAACUAUGUUGGUGAUCACGUUACAUUUGCCUGUGUAGUAUCGAUGCUUCAAUCCGGAUUUUAUAUAGGUCGUACAAAUGGAAGUGUGCCAGAAAAUUUAAUUGAAAAACUAGAUAUUAGUGGGAGAGGACUGUCAUUGUUUUUCCAUGGGGUUGGAAACUUCAUUUCCCUUAAAGACGGAUUUCUAUUUCAAUUUGCAAGAGAAUGGUUUACUGCAUCUGGAAACAAUAUUUGCAUCGUAUCGUAUGCUUAUACAACAAAUCCAACGGUUGGAUUGAAAAUUGUGCCGCAUUUAAAUAAAAUGGUGACAACAAAUCGUCUUGAGUAUGUGGCAAAGUUGGCGCGUGACUUGGUGUUGGGAGUACGCGAAAAGUGUGUGCAAUCCAAUCGAAAGUCUUGUCUCAAGAGUUUGUCACAGGUUGAUGUGAGUGGAUUUAGUUUUGGUGCACAUGUUGCUGGACGAACUUGUGAGUUUUUGUAUCAGAAAACUGGCCAACGAGUUAGAAUGUUAUUGGCUUUGGAUCCCUCAAAAACGAUUCCAUUUUUCGGAACCAAACCAACGAAUACCAUAAAACGAGGACACGCUAGCUAUGUUCAAGUGAUUCACACAUCCGUUUUUGGCAUCCGUGAACCACUCGGUGAUGUUGAUAUUUAUGUGAAAUAUAAAGGAGAAUCAUUUGUAGAUGAUUUAAAUGAUAAACAUGCGAUGGGUGCUUACUUCCAUGUUGCAACGGCCACUAAACGACUUUAUGUAAUUGCCGAUGAAAAAGAUUCGGGAAAUGGUACGCUCAUAUUUGCUCAUGGAAAUGUGCGAAAACCAAAACCCAGUGAGUGUGUUGUUGGGGUUUAUGGUACACUAAAUCCAUUUAUUGAAGGUAAAAAAUUUGUUGUUUCACUGAAAAAUCGUACCGAUCUUUUUUGGAGUGCACUUGACAAAUUUUCGGGCCACGAAAUUUUCUUUGAAGAAUAUAAUCCGAAACCGAGCGAAGAGGAAGAUAAAAGAAAAGAGGAUAACAAAGGGCGAAAAGAUUCACCAAAAUCGACUCGUUGAAAAAAGAAUCGCCAAAGAAAGACUUGCUUAAAAAGCAUUCAUUGCAAAAUGACUCCACAUCAAGCAAGAAGGCAGAAAUAAUAUAAGCAGUUACUUUUGUGUCAUUAUUCAGUCAUCUUUUGAAAUUGAAAUUCCAAAAAAUUGUGCCUGUUUUCUAUUUGCUUAUAAAAUAAAUAAAUAAAUAAAUAAUUUUUCACAUUUGAAAUUCAUCAA